AUGUAUGACCUCCUCACUGUUCUCAUGAACUAUUUCAACACUGUUCUCAUGUAUGACAUCCUUACUGUUCUCAUGAACGACCUCCUCACUGUUCUCAUGAACUAUUUCAACACUGUUCUCAUGUAUGACCUCCUCACUGUUCUCAUGAACUAUUUCAACACUGUUCUCAUGUAUGACCUCCUUACUGUUCUCAUGAACGACCUCCUCACUGUUCUCAUGAACUAUUUCAUUAUUGCAUGUAUGACCUCCUCACUGUUCUCAUGA